AUGCUGGCGCUGCCUUUCUGGGCGCAGGCAAACGAUGAACUUCUGAUGCUGCAGGAGGACGCCGGGCAGUGGACGUUGCCCGGCAAGAAUUAUUCCGCCAACCGUUACAGCACCCUCAAUCAAAUCACCAGCCGUAACGUCAAGAACCUGAAAGCGUCAUGGACGUUUUCGCUCGGCGUGCUGCGUGGGCAGGAAGGCGCCCCGCUGGUGGUCGGUACCACGAUGUACGUGCACACCGGGUUUCCGAACAACGUCUACGCGCUGGACUUGACCCGGGACGGCGCCCCCAUCAAGUGGGCUUAUAAGCCCAAUCAGGAUGCCAACGUGCCCGCGGUGGCGUGCUGCGACACGGUAUACCGCGGCUUGGCCUACGCCGGUGGGAAGAUAUUCCUGGCGCAGUUGGACACCAACGUCGUCGCCAUCGAUGCCGCGACGGGCAAGGAAAUCUGGAAGGUCACGCAGGGCGACCCGGGUCAGGGUAUGACCAUUACCGCCGCGCCGUUGGUGAUCAAGGACAAGGUCAUCACGGGCAUCAGCGGUGGUGAGUUCGGCGUGCGCGGCUUCGUGACCGCAAACGACAUCAACACUGGCGAGCAGGUCUGGCGCGCCUACAGCGCCGGGCCGGAUACGGACGUGCUGAUCGGCGACGGUUUCAGCUCGCCCUACGCCAGCCAUCAGGGUGCCGACCUCGGCGUCAGCACCUGGAAGGGUGAUGAGUGGACGCGCGGCGGCGGCACCACCUGGGGCUGGUACACCUACGACCCCGAACUCGACCUGCUGUAUUACAGCACCGGCAACCCCGGAGCCUGGAAUCCGACCCAGCGCCCCGGCGACAAUAAAUGGUCCAUGACCAUCUUCGCGCGUAAUCCGGACACCGGCAUGGCGCGCUGGGCCUAUCAGAUGACGCCGCACGACGAGUGGGAUUACGACGGCGUCAACGAGAACAUCCUGGCCGACUUGAGCAUGAACGGGGAGACCCGCAAGGUCUUGGUGCACUUUGAUCGCAACGGCUUCGGGUACACGAUUGACCGCGCUACCGGCGAGGUGCUGGUGGCGGAGAAGUUCGGCGCCGUCAACUGGGCGACCAGCGUGGACCUGGAAACCGGCUUGCCCGUUCGGGUGGCCGAAAAAGGUACUCAGGCGGGCCGUAACAGCAAGGACAUUUGUCCGGCGGCCAUUGGCACCAAGGAUCAGCAACCCGCGGCCUUUUCGCCGAAGACCGGCCUGUUCUAUGUUCCCACCAAUAACAUCUGCAUGGAUUACGAAGGUGUGCCGGUGAAAUACCAGGCCGGACAAUGGUACGUCGGCGCGAUAGUGCGGAUGUAUCCCGGACCGGGCGGCAACCGCGGUGAGUUCAUCGCUUGGGAUGCCACCACCGGGGAGAAAAAGUGGGGCAUCAAGGAGAAUCUGGCGGCGUACGGCGGCGCGUUGGCCACCGCCGGCAACGUGGUUUUCUAUGGCACCAUGGAAGGCUGGCUGAAGGCCGUGAACGCCAAGACCGGCGAGUUGUUGUGGCGGUUCAAGACUGGCUCCGGCAUCAUCGCCAACCCGAUGACUUUUCUGGCGCCCGACGGCAAGCAGUACGUGGCCGUCAUUUCGGGGGUCGGCGGCUGGGCCGGCAUCGCGGCGGCUCUGGACAUCGGACCUGAGGAUCCCACCGCGGGGCUGGGUGCUCUCGGCGCCUUUGGCGACGCGGGGAUGCACAGCACCAAGGGAGCCAUGUUGUACGUCUUCGGACUGUAA